AUGGGAUCUGAAAUGAAUUUAAUAGGACAUCAUCAGCUAGCCACUGCUGAUGGAUUUCCUCUUGCUGAAGGUCCACAUUUGUUCGGUGUCCUUUCAGACCCAAUGAGUUCUCCAGUGCAAGAGGCAGACGUGUCACCUUAUGCACAGUACAACAAUGUGCCAUUUCCCCAAGUUCAGCCUCAGAUCUCAUCGCCACCUUAUUACUCCAACCUAGGCUUCUACCCUCCACAGCAUGAGGAAUGGUAUUCCCCUGGGAUGUAUGAACUCAGGAGGUUACCCUCAGAGACCUUUUUCACAAGGGAGACAGAGAUAAUGGAUAUUCCUGCAGCCAAAAAGCCUAGACUGGGUCACUCCACAGGAAGAGUGAAAGGAGAAGAACUCUGUGUGGUCUGCGGUGACAAAGCCUCUGGCUAUCACUAUAAUGCCCUUACUUGUGAAGGAUGCAAAGGAUUCUUCAGAAGAAGCAUCACAAAAAAUGCAGUAUACAAGUGUAAAAAUGGAGGCAACUGUGAGAUGGACAUGUACAUGAGGAGAAAAUGCCAGGAGUGCCGUCUGAGGAAAUGCAAGCAGAUGGGCAUGUUGGCUGAAUGUAUGUAUACAGGUCUCUUAACAGAGAUACAGUGCAAGUCAAAGAGGCUACGGAAAAAUGUGAAGCAGCCCCCAGAUCAGACAGUCAAUGACGACAACGAAGGCCAUGAUGUAAAACAAGUCACUUCUACAACUAAAACAUAUAGGGAGAAGGUAGAACUUACCCCAGAACAGCAGAAACUUCUUGAUUAUAUUAUAGAUUCAUACAGUAAACAACAAAUACCCCAGGAGGUGUCAAAAAAGCUAUUGAAUGAGGAAUUCAGCGCUGAAGGAAAUUUUCUGAUUUUAACAGAAAUGGCGACAAGUCAUGUGCAGGUUCUUGUGGAAUUCACUAAAAAGCUACCAGGCUUCCAAACCCUUGAUCAUGAAGACCAGAUUGCUUUGCUGAAGGGCUCAGCAGUAGAAGCCAUGUUCCUCCGUUCAGCUGAGAUUUUCAGCAAGAAACUUCCUACGGGACACACUGUCCUUUUAGAAGAAAGAAUUCGCAAUAGUGGUAUCUCAGAUGAAUUCAUAACUCCCAUGUUUAAUUUUUAUAAGAGCAUUGGAGAGCUGAAGAUGACACAGGAAGAAUAUGCACUGCUCACAGCCAUAGUUAUCCUGUCUCCAGAUCGACAAUACAUAAAGGACAGAGAUUCUGUGGAAAGGCUUCAAGAACCACUGCUCGAUAUUUUACAAAAAGUCUGCAAACUUCACCACCCAGAUAACCCUCAACAUUUUGCAUGUCUUCUGGGUCGUCUCACAGAAUUACGGACAUUUAACCAUCAUCACGCAGAGAUGCUGAUGUCAUGGAGAGUGAAUGACCACAAAUUCACACCUCUUCUCUGUGAGAUCUGGGAUGUGCAGUGA